AUGGAAAUCGUUUCUUCAAUUGCUGGCAAGAUUGCGGACUGUUUGUUUGUAGCUGCUGGCAGUCAACUUGGUUAUUUGUUUCAUUACAAUGACAACAUUAAAGACUUGAAAGAGCGAGUGGAGGAACUUAGUGGCUGCAGAGAGAGGGUGCAAGUGAAAAUUGAUAUUGCUAAAAGAAAUGGAGAAAGUAUCUUCAUUCAUGUUCAAAACUGGAUGAAAAAAGUCGAUAAGAACUCUAUAGAAGCCAAAAAGUUUUUUGAAAAUGAAGUCAAAACAAACAAGAGGUGUCUCAAGGGGUGGUGCAUCAAUCUCAGACAAUGUUACCGAUUCAGUAAGGAGGCAAAAGAGCUGGCCUUGGCAGUUUCUGAUCUUGUGCGGCAAGAAGUGGGACGGUUUGAGCACGUGUCCACUCCUGCUUCUCCAUCUGUCGUGGUAUCAUCGUCUUCAGUAUUUUCUUUUGGCCGUUUCGAAUCUCGAAACUCACUUAAGAAGCAAAUUCUGAAAACUUUAACUGAUGAUGAUAAUAUCAACAUAAUUGGAAUAUGUGGGAUGGGGGGCGUGGGUAAGACCACGCUGGUGAAAGAAAUCAGCCAACAAGUAGAAGAGGAAAAAAUAUAUGAAAAAGUAGUGAUGGUAGUUGUCUCUCAAAAACCAAUUAUUAUGAAGAUUCAAGACGACAUUGCUGUCAUUUUAGAUGCAACAAAGUCCUUACCGCAUUCUUCUGAAUUAGCAAGAGCCAAUUUCCUAAGAGACAGAAUCAAGGAGAAGAAGCGGAUCCUCGUAAUAUUUGAUGACGUUUGGGAAAGAAUUAAAUUUGAUGAGAUUGGUAUUCCUUCUUGGAGUGAUCAUAGAGGUUGUAAAAUUUUGAUCAUCUCUCGAAGCAUAACUGUUUGUAAUAAAAUGAGGUGUCAAAAGAAUUAUACAGUUGAGAUGUUAUCCGAACAAGAAUCUUGGGAUCUUUUUAGCAAAAGUGUUGGCUUGACUAAUGAAAACUCUGAUGAAAACCAGAUUGCAAGAGAAGUGAUUGCUAAAUGUGGUGGCUUACCUAUUGCAAUUGUCACAAUAGCAGGAGCUUUGAAGGACAAGAACAAACAUGCGUGGAGUAAUGCAGCUCGACAACUUAAAACAUCUAUUCUUGCAAGAAUCCCAGGAAUGGGGAGCGAUGUUAUAUCAUCUCUGAAACUAAGCUUCAACUGCUUAGAAAAUGAUGAGACAAAAUCACUUUUCUUGUUUUGUAGCUUAUUUCCAGAAGAUUAUAAAAUUCCAGUUGAAUGUUUGGUUCGAUAUGGGAUAGGUUUGAGGUGGUUUGGAGAUACCGAUGAAACAAUUGAAGGUGUCAGAGAUAGAGUACAUGCUAUUGUAAGUGACAUCACCUAUUCUUUUCUCCUAAUUUAUGGUGGUAAAAAUUGUGUUAAAAUGCACAACAUUGUCCGUGAUUUUGCAUUAACUGUAACCUCUAAAUAUGACCAUAAGUUCAUUGUGAAAGCUGGCACUCAUCUACAAGAGUGGCCAAGUCGAGAUACAUUUGAAGAAUUCAUAUGUAUCUCGUUGAUGGCAAAUUUUAUUAGGGAACUACCUGGGGGGUUGAAAUGCCCAAAUUUGCAAGUUUUAUUGCUUCAAGGAAAUAAAAAUUUGGUUAUCCCUGACUAUUUCUUUCAAGAAAUGAAAGAUCUCAAAGUUUUAGACUUGGGACAAACCAACAUUAGAUCAUUGCCUGUUUCACUUUCAUUUCUCAUAAAUCUUAGAACAUUAGUUAUUACUAAUUGCGAGUUGGGUGACCUCUCAAUGAUUGGGAAGGUAACAAAAUUGGAGAUCCUAAACCUUUCCUAUUCUUCUAUUGAAAAGAUCCCCAUUUCCUUUAGUCAAUUAAGUAAUCUCAAGUUGUUAGAUGUGAAUAAUUGUCGGCCAUUAGAACUAAUAACUCCUGGUGUUAUACAGUCUCUUCAAAAGUUAGAGGAGUUGUAUGUUAAUAGAUUUCAAAAUUGGAAAUCUGAAAGUGAAAAUUUGAGAAGCAAUGCCAGUCUUGUUGAGUUACAAGCCUUAUCUCGAUUGACUAAUUUGCAUAUUCAUAUUCCAAAUCUUGAUCUCUUGCCAAAAUUCUUGUCAUUUCAAAACCUAUUCAACUUUAGUUUACAAAUAGGUGGUGAUCCAUAUCUUCAGAAUUAUUUGGAUAUGAGUAGAUACUCAAGAACUAUGAUACUCCAACAAAUCAACAUUCCAAUGAUGCAAGAAUGGGUUAAAGGGUUGCUCAAAAAAACUGAGUUUCUAAUUGUUGAAACAAUUGAUAAUUUAGAGAGUGUUAGUCAUAACCUAGUUGAAGAAGGGUUUAAAUGA